UUAUCAGAAAUCAGAAAUCAGAAAUCAUAGCAUUUAUUCGUGAUAAACUAUGACAUACAAAAGUAUAACAACAUAACAAAAGGAAGAAAUAUAGAAUAAAUAAAUAGUUUACCACGAAAUGGUCCCGCCUCAGCAUUAAUGCUAACCCAAAAGUCAGCGCUGAUCUUCCGGCGAGACCAUUUGUGGGUCACGAACGCAGCUGUACGACACGGCAUAAACAUAAAACAUAAAACUGAACGCGGCUUUGCGGCGGCGAAAGGGCGGCGAUCAACGCCAUCUAGUCUGACGGCGAGACGUCAUGAUGAGAAAAGAGGCCAUGUCGUACGCGUGCUGAUAGAUACAGAUAACAACGAUAACAAGACCAUUUAUUACUUACUUUUUAGUUUACUACUUACUAGCAUCAGUGCAAAACAUGAACGAAAAUAAACGUGUUUACAUGGCAAGAAAUUAAACAGACAUUCAAUUCAAUCUUACAAUAUUAAAACUAAGGAUACCACCUAGGUGAUUAAGGUUUUAUAACUACCAUAACAAUGUGUUAACUUCGCCAAAGUGAGAGUGUUUACCCAUGAAUGAUAAUAAAAAAUAAUCAAAAUAAAGUAAAGUAAAGCUUGGCUCUUCGGUUACAAGUUGUGUACAUUAAGAAGAUAAAAUAACAUAAAUAACAUAAAUAUCACGCACAACGGUGACGCAAGAGUUGCAAAGCAGCGAUAAAACAAAUGACAACUAACAACAUUAUAACAUUAUACAUUAUGACAUUAUACAGACACAUUGACUGAAACGUGAGGAUAGGACAGAAAAACAGGUAAAUAUAUUAUAAUAUUAUCGAUUGGAGUUGCUCACAAGUACAGAAGACAUACAAUUAUUGGAAUAAAAACAAUAUUAAAAAAAACUAGUGUCCUGUCUUAAAGUCUCCUGUUGCCGCUGGUGUUGUAAAGUAGAUAGCUUAAGCUUAGUUUUAAAAGUCACUAUAUUUUGUAGGUUUCUGAGCGGUGGAGGAAUGUUGUUCCAGCAUUUGGUUGCCAUGUACCUAAAGCUCCCACGAAAUGCUGCUGAAACAUGUUGAGGUGUCACCAACUGCACACUGCAAUUACGCUUUGCCACUAAUUUUACCACUUUGGAAGUGUCUCUCGCGCAAACUAUUCAUUUUAGAAAAAAAUGAUAUUAGAAACCUCAAUAUCAUUUUUGAAGACCUAUCCAUAGAUACCCCACACGUAUGGGUUUGAUGAAAAAAGAUUUUUUGAGUUUCAGUUCUAAGUAUGGGGAACCCCCAAAAUUUAUUGUUUUUUUUUCUAUUUUUGUGUGAAAAUCUUAAUGCGGUUCAUAGAAUACAUCCACUUACUAAGUUUGAACAGUACAGCUCUUAUAGUUUCGGAAAAAAGUGGCUGUGACAGAAUCGGACAGACAGACGGACAUGACGAAUCUAUAAGGGUUCUGUUUUUUGCCAUUUGGCCUUUGCCUAAAAAGGCGCGACAUUCAAAUUUUCUAUGGGCUUGACCUAAACCACAACCUAAACCUUCGCGCCUACACUUUUUAAAUUUGCCGCCUUUUUCUUCUGACAAGGUCGCCGUGCCAGAGUAUACCUAACUUCGCAAAUGUGAUAUCUACAAAAGCGAGAUAACCACGCCAUCUAUUUUUGAAUUGCAACAUUAAGUAUAAACAGCGCCAUCUAUUGCUCAGUAGCUACACUAAGUGUAAAGCUAACGAGCAUGGGUAUUUUAUAUUCAUAGGUUUUAAUUAAUGAUCUGUGAUUUAGUACUCAUAUUUUGAAUUAAUUUAUUGAGACAAAAAAAAUAUCGCUACACACACUAAUAACAUAAAUUAAUUGCAUCUAUUUUUAACCAUUGCAAUAAAAUUUAGUAGCAAAGGGUUGCCUUGUCAUUGCAGUAUUAGUUGUAGUGGUAAUAUUUUAUUCUCAUUACUAUCAUAUUUUUGCUCUACUAAUUUGCAAUUUCUUCUUGUUUAAUACCUAAAUACCUUGCGCAGUUUCAUAAUUUCUCAAGUAAUUAGUGGUAAAAAUAACAAGUAGUAAGUUUUGUUUUUUGACGCUGUCAACAUUUUUAUAUCGCUACAAUUUGUUGUAUACUAUAGUCUCAUCUACUUUACGCUCGUCUCAUUUAUUUUGUCUUCGUAUCGUAUUCCUUGAAUUAAAGCUUUCUAUAAACAUUUCUCGCCGCGAGUGUGUGUAGUGUGCCUCAGUUUUAACAAUAAACGAUGAACGCGUUUACUGGUAAAAGAUAGAAAAACGUCAAUACAUAUAAUUUUUCAUACAUCAUACUCUUACAGCGUCUAACAUGUGAUUCCUAAUGUAAAUAAUUAAUUGAUAUUAUCGCACAAAAUGGACGUGAAAGGUUGUAAUCGUGGGUGUAAAGUGAAGUGACGUCUUUUCGGUUCAUUGCUCUUAUAUUUAUGUGUAGUUAUCAGUGUUUUUUUAAGAGACUAAAACACUUUCCUUGGCCUGGCUUCAGCUUCAGGUUUUAAAAAAAUUCACCGCAGCCACCAUAGCCCCUGUGAUAUGCAGCCUAUCGUUCCUCAAUCGUACUGUCAAUUACCAAAGCUAAACCUCUAGAUAUAUUAACCAAAGCUAGUGUAAGAUGUCGAAUCACAUGCCGAUCUAUAGUCAGGUAGUCCCUAAAUCACAAUACCGUAAAACGAAACCGGUCAGCACACGUGAACGCCCCCAGAACUUGGCGCGGACCGAUUUCGACCCCUUGAACUAUAACCACGGGGGCAACUUCCAACUCCUCAACGCUCCGCUGGAGGUGAAGAUGGAUAAGGAGAAGAAAGAGAGAAGAGAUAGGGGAGAAAGAGAAAGGGACAGAGGGGAAAGGAGGAAGACGCAGCGAGCGGACACGAAUGAUGGAAAGGUGGAGGCAUAUUUGAGGCAAAACCAAGUGAGCAUACGGCAGCAACAACACAGACACUCGGCGGUGAGGCAAGCCGAACACAGAGUCAAUUUGAGAUCUCUUCCGCUAAACGAGAACGCUAUAUCUCGAGAUCGCGGCCAUGACAGAACACCGACCGAACGGCACCGAGGUUUCGAGCGAGAGAGGGACAGAGAACGGGAGAGGGAGCAUCGACGGGAAAGAGAUAAGGACAGGGACAGGGAUAGAGACAGGGAACGGGAUGAGUUUGAUGGUUUUCUUGAACGUGAGCGAGAGAGAGAACCGAGAGAGCAUCGCCGCGAGAGAGACAAGGAUAGAGAUAGAGACAGGGAGAGAGAUUUGGAGUUUGAUGGAACACCUUUAACUCCGCCAUCAUCCAGACCAGUCCGCAAGUCGUCGUCUGCACACCGCGUCACCGAAACCAUUUCGGCAGACAAGAGGAGGUUCUUCUGUCGCGAGUGGGCGUUUCAGAAGAUUGCACACUGUUUGGAGCAGAGACCUGCUAGUAAGGCGUGCGGGGCUCUCAUAUUAGGUGAUGCUGGCAGCGGGAAAACGGCGUUAUGUCAGGAGCUAAGUGAUCCCGGGCAAGGGCCCCAGGCUCGCCAACAGAGGGCGCUGAACAGAAGACUGCUGGCCAGGCAUUUCUUGCAGGGGCACAGCGAAAGCAGCCUCCGUCCGGGCGAGUUCAUCCGCUCCCUGGCUAUGCAGAUUCUGAGCCAAUCGUCGCGCCGGCCCCGCGCCGACACGAGCGAGAGAGAUGCCUCCCCUAGGGAUUGUGACGGACGCAAUUCCGAUGAGGAGCGAUUGAUCAGCAAAUUUCAAGAGCUGGGCGAUGAUGGGGAAGAUAGCUCCAAACCUCUUCUCGCUGAUAGUGAAGAUCAACGGACGGAUGAGGAAGAUGGCGGCGGGCGGCGCGCGCGCACCAUCGACCGCAUCCACGAGCGGGACGCGUACACCGACGCCAUGGCCGACACACCUGCUGACAAUGUGCCAGAAAUCCUACCCCGCUCCAGCGUAAAGACAACCAACCCGUUCGCAACAGACGAAAAAGAUAACCCUCUAUACGAGAACCACGAAAACCUGUUCCUGCGCAACAUUUCCCAACGCCAAUCCAAAGAAAUACGCAACUCAAGGCUUCUUCGUCAAAGCUCAGAGCCGCUGACCGAGAAAAAACCAAGCGUUCUACAUAAAUCUUUAUCUACAGAGCAAAAAACUGAUAGUAACAGUGAAAACGAAAAGACAAACAGUCCUCCUAAAUCAAGAAUACCGGUCGCCAAUUUUAAAUACCCAAAUAAAAGCGAGCUCAAACCUAACUCUGUUGAAAAUUCGCCGCAGAAGUCGAAAGAAGUUAAAGAGUUGCCGGAAUAUCAGAAUGUUCUAGAACGAGAGAAAAAAGAAGAUGAUCCACCGCCAAUACCUUCUUUACCAGUUAGUCCAAGGACAUUAAUAGCUAAUGCUUAUUAUGAUAAAUUAUUGGCUGAACCGGAGAUCCAGCAAGCAUUGUUGCCUCAUAAUUUGGAGAAGAAUCCAGAUGAGUGUUUUAAGAAGGCGUUAUUGUUUCCGCUGUUGGAAAUAGAUCCUCCCAAGCAGUGCUUGUUUUUAUUGGUGGACGCUAUUGAUGAAGGACUCAAUGGACAACCGCCAGAGCGAGACAGCACGACGGAAUCCCGCACUGUUGCCGCUCUCCUCUCUCGUCACCAGCACCUGUUCCCGCAGUGGCUGCUGCUCGUCUGCUGCGCCAGAAGACAAAGCAAGAGUCUCACCAAGAUGUUUACAGGAUUCAGGAAGAUAACGUUGGAUGAGCUACAGCGAGCCCACGUGUCGGCCGACGUUCAGAGAUACGUUCUGUCUCGUCUUGAUACGGAGCCCAGACUCAGAGCGCGCGUGUCGCACGACGCCAGCGCCGCCGCGGCGGCCGCGGCCGCGCUCGACCACCUGCGCAUCAAGAGCGACGGCUGCCUGCUCUACCUCGAGAAGGUGUUGGACGGAGUGGUAGACGGCUUCAUAGCGCUCCGUGAAAUCAAAGAGAUACCAGGUACACUCAACGGGCUGUAUCUAUGGCUGGCUCAGCGGCUAUUCCAUGGACGGCGAUUUACUAAGGUCCGUCUACUGCUAGACGUGUUGCUGGCCGCUCGCUGCGGCGUCACAGAGGAAAUGUUAUACAAAUGUCUUCUCACCAAGGAGUACAGUGUUACUAGAGAGGAUUUCAACAGACGCCUGCAUUUGCUUAGAAGAAUACUAGUAAUGGAGCGUUCCACCGGCUACCUAUCCAUCUUCCACCACUCGUUCGCCGUGUGGCUGCUAGACGUGAAGCACUGCACGCGGCGCUACCUCUGCUGCCCGGCUGACGGUCACGCCGCUCUUGCUAUGUAUUACACCCUUUUAGCAAAAAGAUUGAGCGCUCUGGAAAUACACAACUACGUGUUCCACAUGACUAGUUUGGAACAACAUAUGGCCGCACAGAAGAAAAAGGCGAACGACCAAGAGGAAGUGAUAGAUCUCCACACACUGGUACUCUUAUGGGUACUAGAUUCAGGCUGCGACGUGGAGUCGGCAUUGCGGCGAGAAAACGAUACUAUGCGACAUCUAGAGAUAAUCGACAUUCAGAAAACUGAUAGUAAACCCGAGGAUAAAGAAGGUGACCCUGAGUCCGAAGGCAAGGAUUCUAUUUCUGACCCCUCAGCCUUAGAGUCCAUCAUGCCCGAGCUGAUAUCAGGCAACACCGAUGCCAGAUGGCCUCACGACAGGCGUGUGCUUCGCGCGCUUUUAGAACUGAGCCGGUCUGAUUCCGCGCCGGGAGAGACUACAGAGGAAGUACCUGAUUUGCUAUCCUUGGAUGCGGCCAUAGAAACAGAUGUGCUAGCGCCGGACGUGGAAUCCGAAGAGCCGGUCGUCAUUGAUCCGAAUGCAGUGUUUGAAUUAGCGAGUAGAGGUGAAGAUGAAGCGUUAACAGCAUUGUUGAAGCGCUGCCCGGAGCUAGCACUAGUAACAGACGCGACGGGUGGCACCGCGUUACACGCCGCAGCACGCGCUGGUCGCGCGUCAACUUGUUGCGUGUUGCUACGCGCCGGGGCUAGACCUGACGCUCCCGACGCUGACGCUUGGAGCGCGUUGAGGGCUGCGGCCUGGGCGGGACAUACUGAGGUGGUCGAGGUUCUACUCGAGUUUGGAUGCGACGUAGAUUGCGUUGAUGCAGACAACAGGACGGCUUUAAGAGCGGCGGCGUGGUCGGGCCACGAGUGCGUGGUGGCGCGGCUGCUGGCGGCGGGCGCGGCGCCGGACCGCGCGGACGCGGAGGGCCGCACGCCGCUCAUCGCGGCCGCCUACAUGGGCCACGCCGACAUCGUGCGCGCGCUGCUGGACGCCGGCGCGAGCGUCGACCAUGCUGAUGAAGAUGGUCGAACAGCACUGUCAGUAGCGUCUCUCUGCGCUUCCGGAGCUGCUUGCGCGGCUCUUCUUCUAGAAAGAGGUGCGGACGUUUCCCGCUGCGACCGCGACCGCGCCACUCCUUUACUAGUCGCCGCGUUUGAGGGGCAUACUGAAAUCUGCGAGCUCCUACUAGAACACGAAGCGGACAUCGAGGCGCACGACGUGCUCGGGCGCACCGCGCUGUGGGCCGCCGCGUCCGCGGGCCACGCGCGCGCCACGCGGCUGCUGCUGUUCUGGGGCGCUUGCGUGGACUCGAUGGACCGGGAGGGACGGACUGUGCUAACUACAGCUGCGGCUCAAGGCAACGUGGAAGUGGUUCGGCAGCUCCUAGACCGAGGCCUAGAUGAACAUCACAGAGAUAACUCCGGGUGGACACCGCUGCAUUACGCCGCUUUUGAAGGUCACAUAGAAGUAUGCGAAGCCCUACUAGAAGCGGGCGCCAAGGUGGACGAGGCGGACAACGACGGCAAGGGAGCGCUGCUGCUGGCGGCGCAGGAGGGGCACGCGGCGCUGGUGGAGCUGCUGCUCGAUGACUGGUCCGCGCCCGUCGACCAGCGGGCACAUGAUGGAAAAACUGCGCUCAGACUAGCGGCCCUAGAAGGCCACUUCGACACAGUACGAGCGUUGUACCAACGCGGCGCCGACGCAGACGCCUUAGACGCCGACCGGCGCAGCGCAUUAUACGUUCUAGCGUUAGACAAUCGCCUGGCUAUGGCAAGAUUCCUGCUAACGGAGUGUGGAGCUCGCGCGGACACUACAGACCUGGAGGGUCGAACUCCGCUACACGUGUCGGCGUGGCAAGGGCACGUCGACAUGGUGAAUUUACUCAUAAAAGUUGGCGGCGCUGACGUAGACGGACGCGACCGGUGUGGAAGAACAGCGCUACAUGCAGCAGCGUGGCGCGGUCGCGGCGCCGUGCUGGCGGCGCUGCUUGCACACGGCGCCGACACUGCCGCUGUUUGCACACAAGGCGCCACUCCGUUAGGUAUCGCAGCCCAGGAGGGUCACGAGGAAUGCGUGUUGUGGCUGCUGCAGCACGGAGCGGAUCCCUUGCAGGCUGAUCAUUGCGGCCGCACGCCGGGCACGGUGGCGUGGCGCGCCGGCCACGCGCACAUCAGCCGCCUGCUGGAGCGCGCCGCGCCCGCGCUGCUGCCCGAACACAACACCAAAGACUCUCCAGAGUACAAGCGUCGCAGCACACACAGCAACUCUACCAAAUCGUCCGCCGGCUCCACCAGAGACCACGAGCCACCACCCGAUCUCACACACCACGAAAAGCCAAACCGAGCGAAUCUAUCGCUCUCUUUCGCGCAACAGGUCGCACGAUGUGGCCGAAGCAGGCGCGAGAAAGAGAGAGAAAACGUGAUACCCGAACAUCAUGCCGUCGAAAAGGAUUCUAAACUUAGGAGUUACGCAGCCAACGAACGCGACGCCGACCUACGCGGCUACGCGUGCGAGCGAGACAGACGGCGCGACGAGCGCCACGGCUACCCGUGCGACAGAGACAACAUGAGUCCGCUCUACGCGUCCCCGCCGCGGAGCCCUAUCAGCGACAUUUGUAGCCCCACACAGCCCACACAUGGUUCUCAACCCCCAAGCCUGACAGCUCAACCUGUGUUGACGGACACACACUUCAACCGCGAUACACAUAUGCGUAUCAUACUCGGACGGGACACGAAGCCACAGCAAGAACGAGAUAGUGUCGCAGCAUCCAAGAGCCGGCAGGCGUACAACAGGCUUGUAGGCAGUUUGGGGCGAGCGAGAGGGCGAAUAUUUAAGAAAACUAAGGGAAAGAGGAACGGUAUCGUGACCAAUCCGGCGAUGAGACUUGUUGCGAAUGUCAGAAACGGCCUGGACAGCGCCGCCGCCAAUAUCCGUCGCACAGGGGUAGCUCUGGCAGCUAGCGCCAGCUCUGCCAACCCAGCUGUCAAAACCAACGCCUUCCAGUGGAGGAAAGAGACGCCGCUAUAAACUAGAGCGAGAGGCAAGGACGGAGUAAUAGAAAGUUAUGUUAAGACAAAGAUCUCUAGAGAAAGAUAGGGCGUUGAUUUAGUCCAUUUUUUCGCGUGAAGAAGAAAAACGUUAGCGUCAGAUAAGUAUGGUUCGUGUCAUACAAGAUGACGCGUAGAUUUGUCAAAUUUAACCUUUAAUUACAUGUCAAUACGCGUCUUCAUGAAUGACACGAUCUAUACAGACCAUGUAUUUUUUAAGUAAAUAUGUAAGAGAUAACAAAUUGGUAUUUAACAGUUGACUAUUUUUUUUAUACUACGUCGGUGGCAAACAAGCAUACGGCCUGCCUGAUGGUAAGCAGUCUCCGUUGCCUAUGUACACUUCCAACUCCAGAGGAGUUACAUGCGCGUUGCCGACCCUAAACCCCCUCGUUGAGCUCUGGCAACCUUACUCACCGGCAGGAAUACAACACUAUGAGUAUGUAGUAGUAUUGCCAUUUUUGAUUAAACAGCGAAUACUAAAUGGCCUAAUAUUUUCUUAGGUUAACAAUUAAGGCAAAUUAAAUGAUAUUGAACGUUGACGGCAAAAAUCAUCAUUCAUGGGAGGAAGAGUGAUCUGUACAAAUACAGUCUGAUUAGAGCUCAAAGAUAUCUGAACACGCACUCUAACGCUUUAACAAUAGAAGCUUGUUCAGAUAUUUGUGAGCGCCUUGGCUGUUCCGAUAUAUCUGAUGGCGAAAAAAGUGGGAAAUAAUGAAUUGGUAUUGACUAAUCAAAGAAAUUAACGAGAAAAUGGUGUAAUGUUGGUUGUUUAUAUUAAUGAUAUUAACGAUUAUGUCGGUCUAAGGGAAUUAUACUAAACUAUUAUCUUAAAGACCUGGCAAAAGUUUCAUUUCAUUUAGACUAUGAUAUUAACAAUAUUAUUUAUAAGUUAUGUAAAUAUCAUUUAAUUGUUUAAGUGUGUGUAGUUGGAAUCUGAGAUAUUGUGUAAUUUUAUGAUUUUGAUAUUUUUAUAUGAUGUGACAUACUGUUUUUUUAUGUAUUAUAGUUUGUCUAUGUGAGCCAAAUUAAAAGUAUAAACUUUGA